AGAGCCUGCAAGGAUCCCAACCCCAUAAUUGAUGGCAGGAAGGCCAAUGUCAAUCUGGCCUACCUGGGUGCCAAACCCCGCAGCAUACAGACAGGCAUAUCCAUCGGAGUGCAGCCCAUUCACCCAGCACUCAUCCAGAGGCAGUACGGCUGACCAGUGUACCAGCAGAGGAUCAGAAGAUGCCCACAGUACAGGACUAGUCCCGAGGAGGCGUUUGACAGAAAAUGUCUGCACCCCCCCCCAUGCCCUCCCUCAGCUAUCCUCUCUCCAAGGUGCCAGUGAUGGCUUGAGAGUGCAGUGCGGUGUGCCGUGAUGGAUUGGAGUGGCUUUUUAUCUUUUCCCUUUUGUGUGAUAUGAACUGAAGAGGUUAUGCUGAUUGCGGUGUGACUCUUUCCCUAUUAUGGCAUGGUUUGGGGUUCGCACUGGUAACUGGUGUGUGGGUGGAUGAAGGGGGGUGGGUGGGA